UAUGUCUUCAAGCUGUAAGUGGUAGAUCUACUAUUGUACAAUUAUGAUCUAAAAGAAGACAACACUUAGUGAAAAAAAAAAAAAGUUCAUACAUCUUAUUUAGUCUCAUCCCGUCACGAUCCUUAUUUUUAAUUAUUAAAUCCUAAUUACCAAACGUGUCGAAAUUCGAAUAAUAUAACCAACUUUUUGAUUUUUGAUUUUUCUAAACUUCAUCAUAUAAACAACUUUACUAAAGAGGACAAGAAAAAAAAGAAGAAGCAAACAGUCAAAUGGAAGAAACCAACAUUAGAGUUGUUCUCUACUCCAUUUUCUCUCUCAUCUUCUUGAUAAUCUCUUUCAAGUUCUUAAAACCAAAGAAACAGAAUCUUCCACCGUCUCCGCCGGGAUGGUUGCCAAUAAUAGGCCAUCUCCGCCUUCUGAAGCCACCCAUCCACCGCACCCUCCGCUCCUUCUCCGAGACCCUCGACCACAACGAUGGUGGCGGCGUGAUGUCCCUCCGACUUGGAUCCCGUCUAGUCUACGUGGUGUCGUCACAUAAGGUUGCGGCAGAGGAGUGCUUUGGCAAGAACGACGUCGUUCUAGCUAACCGGCCACAGGUGAUCAUCGGAAAACAUGUUGGUUAUAACAAUACAAACAUGAUCGCUGCACCUUACGGUGAUCACUGGCGUAACCUCCGUCGCCUCUGCACUAUCGAGAUCUUUUCAACACACCGCCUUAACUGCUUUCUUUAUGUCCGUACCGACGAAGUACGUCGCCUUAUAAGCCGCCUCUCUCGUCUCGCAGGUAUAUAUGUAUUAAUGUAUAUGCUACAAGUGCUUUCAUCAUUCGUUGACUUUUCAUUUAUGUUUGUCUUAUCUUAGUGUUAUAGUGACCACAAAAAAUUGAAAUAUGAUUAUAUGAAAUAAUGAUGAUACGAAAAUAAGGAUGAGAUAGCUUGUGGUGGCCGUAAUUGAUGAAUAGAAUGAGUUUCUUUUGCAAAGUCGAAAUACUAAAAUGUACGUAUUACGAAAAUAAAGUUUUUAUUAAAAAUUUAAAAUAUGUUACAUAGUAAUGACUAAUGAGAAAAGUUUUGUCACAUGUGUUUUUUUCAUCGUCGUGAAGUUUGUUGAUAAAGACUAGUCAACUUUUCAAUUUUUUUUGGUGUUAUUUAAGUGCUAAUUAUAUUGACCACUGAGUCUUUGUGGGCGUCAAUCGUACCAUGAAGAUUUCUUAAAACUCUUUUACUUUUAGAACGUUUUACGUCAAUAUUUUUAGAAUAGAGAUUUCUAAAAACAUUUUACAAAGUAAUGAAGAAAAGCUCGACUACUCUAUUUUUGGUUCUCGUUUGGUUCUCGAUUUUCCUUUUUCUUUUAAUAAUUGCAGGAACCAAAAAAACUGUUGUGGAAUUGAAACCAAUGCUUAUGGACUUGACAUUCAACAACAUAAUGAGAAUGAUGACCGGAAAACGAUACUACGGUGAAGAAACAACCGAUGAGGAAGAAGCAAAGCGUGUCCGUAAGUUGGUAGCAGAUGUUGGGGCUAACACGAGUUCAGGCAACGCCGUUGACUACGUCCCCAUCCUCAGACUGUUUUCAAGUUAUGAAAAUAGGGUUAAAAAGUUAGGAGAGGAGACAGAUAAGUUUUUACAAGGUCUCAUUGACGAUAAACGUGGGCAACAAGAAACCGGUACUACAAUGAUCGAUCAUUUGCUUGUCCUCCAAAAAUCUGAUAUUGAGUAUUACACUGAUCAAAUCAUCAAAGGCAUCAUACUGAUAAUGGUAAUAGCAGGGACUAACACAUCAGCAGUCACUCUAGAAUGGGCACUUUCCAAUUUGCUUAACCAUCCUGACGUAAUAUCUAAAGCGAGAGACGAAAUCGAUAACCGGGUUGGUUUAGACCGGCUUAUCGAAGAAGCAGAUCUUAGCGAGCUACCAUAUCUAAAGAACAUUGUCCUUGAGACCCUUAGGCUACACCCAGCUACACCAUUGCUAGUCCCACACAUGGCAUCAGAAGAUUGCAAGAUAGGAUCCUACGAUAUGCCACGUGGUACAACGUUGUUGGUGAAUGCAUGGGCCAUACAUAGGGAUCCAAACACGUGGGAUGAUCCGGAUAGCUUUAAACCAGAGCGGUUUGAGAAAGAAGAGGAAGCACAAAAGCUUCUGGCGUUUGGAUUAGGUAGAAGAGCGUGUCCUGGAUCGGGUCUGGCCCAACGAAUCGUGGGACUAGCUCUCGGGUCAUUGAUACAAUGCUUUGAAUGGGAGAGAGUUGGGAAUGUGGAAGUGGAUAUGAAGGAAGGAGUUGGGAAUACUGUACCCAAAGCGAUUCCUUUGAAAGCUAUUUGCAAAGCUCGUCCAUUUCUACAUAAGAUUAUUUCCUAAAAUUGUUGAAACUACGAAUAAAAGAUGUGUGACAUGUUAAUGCAAAUCAAUGAUUCUCUCUACAUGUAAAAUCUUGAUGGAUUAUUAUGGCUAUCUUAAUUAUUUUUAAUAAGUGUUACUAGCAGAUUUAUAGAAAAGCAAUCGAGUAUUAUAA